AUAUAUACUUUCAUAUGUGUGGGUAGAUGAAUAAAGAGUUAGUCUUACAACCAGCCUACGUGUGUUAUUUAUUCCUCCGUCACAAUACAUAUUUUACAUGGCGCAGCCGAGUAAAUCUACGUGAAAUCGGAAUUAUAUUGUACUAAAUUACGGCCCGUAUCCGUUGUAAUAAGAAAAUUGAGUGCGAAGUGUACAAAAUAAGUGUAUUUCCUAUGUGAAGUUAAACUAACCUAUGAACAAUGGAAGCUGUGUUACAACCACCCGCGCCGUUUCUAUUUGAGAACAAUAUUUCAAGUGUUACUUCGGGAAAUUUGAGUAAGGCGUGGCAAAACUGGAAAACUGCAUUUAACAUAUAUUGUGAGGCAUGCGAACUUCAUAAAAAAGACGAAAAAGUGAAAACUAAUAUUUUAUUGCACGUCAUCGGACCCAAAUGCAGAGAGGUAUAUCAGCAGUUUUCGGUGAAACCAACGACUUUGCAGGCGCUUUUAAAAGAAUUUGACGAUUUCUUCUUGCCUAAAACCAAUACGACAGUUGAGAGGCAUAGGUUUUUCACGAGGGAACAGAAAUCACAAGAAUCAGCAGAACAAUAUGUUUUUGAACUCAAUAAAAUGGCUGCCAAGUGUGGAUUCAAAGACUUAUGUGAUGACCUUGUAAAAGAUCGUUUGAUUUGUGGUAUACGAAAUACUACUCUGCGUGAACGUUUGUUAAGGGAGCCCGAUUUAAAACUUAGCUCAGCGCUGGAUAUUUGCCGUUUAGUGGAGAUGUCGCAGGUGCAAGCCAGUACUAUAAAACCAGAAUCGGAGACGCAUCAUGUUCAUGAAUUAAGCACGAAUUGUGGUACAAGUAGACAUGAAGACGUUGAGGAAGCGGUAAACUGGGUAAACAAUUCGUAUUGUCGUUGUGGAGCUCGUGCGGUGAGAGGUGCGCCCCCCGCAGCCGCCGCCCCCGGCUCCUGGGAGCCGCGCGGGCGCCGCCGGCGCGGUCGCGGACGAGGAAGAGGUCGUCGCACUCCUGCUGCAGUCCCUGAACAGGCGGACAGGGCUCCGAGACCUGGACCUAGUAACGUCUCGACUCAUCAUUCGCGGUCUUAUCAAGUGUGUUCGAGAUGUGGAAGUAAUCACGCGUAUAACAAAUGUCCGGCAUACGGUGUGCGUUGUGACAGUUGCAAUGGGUAUAAUCAUUAUGCGAAGAUGUGCCGGGUGUAUGCUGUGGAGGGAGCCUCCAGUGAUCAGGUAAAAAGACAUAAUAAUAAUACUUCGAGUACUGAUUGGUCUGUUACACUUAGUAUUAACGAUAAUUCAAUUACAUUUAAUAUUGAUACUGGUGCCGCUGUAAAUGUUUUACCUUUAAACAGUUUGCAAAAUAUUAACAUGUCAGUGCAACAGCUAACUCAAACGUCUAUAAAAUUACGAAGUUAUUCGGGUGACGGUCUCAAAGUACUUGGCAAAUGCUAUAUGAAAACAUACUAUAAGGGCAAUAACUAUAUAUUGAAGUUUAUUGUUGCCGACGUUGAUUCUCCCCCGGUACUGGGUCGCGAUGCUAGUGAGGAACUAAAUUUAGUGAAGCGCGUAAUGUCGAUAGAUAGUAAUAGUAACGAGCACAGCAUGUUAGCAGAUUACGCUGACAUAUUUGAAGGAAUAGGUUGUCUUCCUGGAGAGUACAAGAUACGGUUAAACGAGAGCGCGCGUCCAGUCAUACAUCCUCCCCGAAAGUUACCCAUUGCACUAAGGGAAAGUGUUAAAAGCAAAUUGAUAGAAAUGGAAAAACAGAAAAUAAUUUCUAAGGUCGAGGGUCCAACAGACUGGGUGAAUAGUAUGACUCUGGCUAAAAAACCAAACGGUGAUUUUCGUAUUUGUCUAGACCCGCAGGAUUUAAAUAAAGCCAUAAGACGGGAACAUUUUCGUUUGCCGACCCUAGAUGAGAUUACUUCUAAAUUAUUAGGUGCAAAAUGGUUUAGCACUUUAGAUGCUAAGCAAGGGUUUUGGCAGGUGAAACAUAGCCCAGAUUGCACUGAUUUAUGCACUUUUAACACUGUUUUUGGCAGAUAUAAAUUUUUACGGUUACCAUACGGAAUAUCGUCAGCUAGUGAGGUAUUUCACAAAAAACUUUUAGAACAAUUUGAUGAUUUAGAGGGCGUGUGUCAGUUCAUCGAUGAUCUGUUGGUCUAUGGAAAAACCAAAUAA